CUCUUCCAUCAGCUGCUGGAAACGAGGCAGGGCGUUCAAUUACAAUGAAUAAACUGAUCGAAUGAUAGAGAGUUUUUUUUUGCUCCUUUUCAAUGAAGUCUACCAAGUGUGUUUGGUUACUUUCUGAAGUUUGUUUUUAUUUUUCAUUUGAUCGGUUGUGUUAUUGGUUUCUUGUCUUUACCCAUGUUGCACCACAGUAUUGAUAGUUGAGUUAAGAUGGCGGUGCAGGAAUCAGCUGCUCAACUCUCGAUGGCUUUAAAGGUCCAGGAAUAUCCGACUUUAAAGGUACCUUAUGAAACCUUGAAUAAACGUUUCCGAGCAGCCCAGAAAAAUAUUGACCGAGAAACAAGUCAUGUAACUAUGGUAGUUGCCGAACUGGAGAAAACAUUGAGCAACUGUCCAGCAGUGGACUCUGUGGUGACUUUGCUGGAUGGUGUGGUUGAGAAACUCAGCGCUUUAAAACGAAAGGCAGUUGAAUCAAUCCAAGCUGAAGAUGAGAGUGCAAAACUUUGCAAACGUAGAAUUGAACACUUGAAAGAGCACAGCAGUGACCAAGCAGCAGCAGUUAAUAUGUGGAAGAAAAAACGCAUGGACCGGAUGAUGGUGGAACACUUGCUGCGAUGUGGCUACUAUAAUACUGCUGUUAAACUGACCAAACAGAGUGGAAUUGAGGACUUGGUGAAUAUUGACAUGUUUCUUACAGCAAAGGAGGUGGAAGAAUCACUUGAAAGGCAAGAGACAGCGACUUGUCUGGCCUGGUGUCAUGACAACAAAUCAAGGCUGAGGAAAAUGAAGAGCUGCCUGGAGUUCAGUUUGAGGAUUCAGGAAUUCAUUGAGCUUAUCCGACAAAAUAAGAGACUGGAAGCAGUCAGACAUGCACGGAGACAUUUCAGUCAAGCUGAGGGAGGACAGCUGGAUGAGGUGCGGCAAGUAAUGGGUAUGCUGGCUUUUCCCUCUGACACUCAUAUUUCACCUUAUAAGGAUCUCUUGGACCCAGCCCGAUGGAAGAUGCUAAUUCAGCAGUUCAGAUAUGAUAACUACAGGCUUCACCAACUUGGAAAUAGUUCUGUCUUCACUAUCACACUUCAAGCAGGCUUGUCAGCUAUAAAAACACCACAGUGUUAUAAAGAAGAUGGCACCUCCAAAAACCCAGACUGCCCUGUCUGUAGCAAAUCUCUGAACAAACUUGCACAACCUUUGCCUAUGGCACAUUGUGCCAACUCUCGACUGGUCUGCAAAAUCUCUGGCGAAGUUAUGAAUGAGAAUAAUCCACCGAUGAUGCUACCUAAUGGCUAUGUGUAUGGAUACAAUUCACUACUUUCCAUUCGCCAAGAUGACAAAAUCAUCUGCCCAAGAACCAAAGAAGUCUACAACUUCUCCCAAGCUGAAAAAGUGUACAUCAUGUAAAAAUGUAGAAGGGGCAAGGCCAAAAUCUGAACCAUGGGCUUACCCUUUUGGCCAUUGAGGGCUGCUGAUUAUCUGUGGCAAUGCACCUUUUUAUUGAUGGGAUUGUGUGUCUCUUGCGACCAAAGAUCCAGAAGGAACAAGAAAUACACUUGCUAUUGUAUGAUGACAAAAAGGAGCUUAUGAUGAACUUAACCAGAGUUUGUACUGAGAAAGUGAAAUAAAACAAAUGAGGCUUUGA